AAACAUCUCCUCCCCCCCUCCCUCCCUUCAAAACUAGAAAAGAGAAGCUCAGUGCUAGUUCAGAGGCUACGGAGAAGUGAUGGAUGAAAGAAUACCGCACUUACAGGACAGGCAGUUCAUGGAGCACGCAGAUUUCCUGGGGAUGGAUUUCCCUCCGCUUUACAUGUGCAAAUCUAAACGAGGCAUAAAGCGAGAGGACAGUGGGAAGGAUGCGUACAAGUUACCGCACCGGCUCAUAGAGAAGAAGAGGAGAGACAGAAUUAACGAAUGUAUUGGGCAGCUGAAGGAUCUACUGCCCGAACAUCUGAAGCUCUCGACGCUCGGUCAUUUGGAGAAAGCGGUGGUGCUGGAGUUAACGCUGAAGCAUCUGAACGCACUGACUGCUGUCACCGAGCAGCAGCACCAGAAGAUCAUCGCCUUGCAGAAUGGAGACCGCUCAUUGAAACCUCCCAUCCACACUGAUCUGGAUGCGUUCCACUCAGGUUUCCAGACCUGCGCCAAAGAGGUCCUGCAGUACCUGAGCCAAGCGGAGAACUGGACCGCCAGAGAACAGAGAUGCGCGCAGCUCAUCAACCACCUCCACAAGGUCCUGGCGCAGUUUCAGCCGGACGCACCGCCGCUCCAGCAUCAGCUGCCCGCCGGGGACGCGCAGGACGCACAGAAGUCCGACUGUCAAACCAACUGCGUCCCGGUCAUCCAGAGGACCCAGGGCGGGGAGCUUAACGAGAACGACACAGACACGGACAGUGGAUAUGGCGGGGAGGCGGAAAAGAGUGACGGCAAAGACAAAGAGUGUGAGCGCAACAAAGCGGUGAAGAUCAAGCAGGAGUUUGGAGAUGACAGAGCGGCUAAAAAAACUAAAAUGUGCUGGUCUGGGAACGCGGAGCCGACCAGACCAGAUGUGGCGUUCAUGAAUUCUCUGAUGGGAUUAAGCGGUGUGGGACAGCAGACACCGAUUUGCAUGCCUUUCUACUUCAUCAACCCGUCAGCCGCGGCGCCCUAUAUGCCUUUUUUCGACAAAAGCAACAUUGAAAAGUACAUGUACCCCGCAGCGGCAGCCCUAGCGUCCCCGUUUCCCUGGCUGUACCCUGCACACGCGUCAGCAGCGGCGGCCGCGGCAGCAGCGGCCGCGUUCCCCGGCCUGUCUGCGCACCUCGGAGCCGCCGCUCAGCCCAAAGACUCCCAGCUUCAAGAUGACAGCGGAUCACGCGAGGCAGAGGCGAGCUCACCUGAGGAGCACGAGGAAACUCCCGCGAGUGACGACGGAGAGGGUGACGUAGAUGACACGUCCCCCGACAGCAAGAAUAGCCCACAGGAGCAGCUUUCUGCCUGUCAGACGAGCUAAUAAGUCUGUGUACCUCUGAGUUUCUGUAUUUACAUUUUUUUUUUAGUUAUUAUUUAGGCUAGUUUUAAAACGGGGAAGUUCUCAUGUAUACAAUAUCUUGGGGCAGCAGGGGACAUUAUUGUGGAAGCUCAUCUCUGCCAUUUGACAGUAUGAAAUGGAACACGGUAUACCAUAAAUA